GAGAAGCCAAUACAAACCCCUCCCAAAAUCUCCCACGUCUCCCCGGUUUCCAAGGUCACGCAGGUUAGUCCGGUGAGCCCGGUCUCGGUGCCCGUCCGCACGCGGAUGGCCACUCGCCAGCAGACCAGCACCUACUUUGAAGAAGACGAGGAGGACAUGACCGACCUCCAGCCCACCUUCUCUGGACCAAUCAUCAAAUUAAUGGUUUACCCUCCUCCUCCCGCCAAAGGUGGCAUCUCAGUCACUAAUGAAGACCUCCACUGCCUUAAUGAUGGAGAAUUCCUUAACGACGUUAUCAUAGACUUUUAUUUAAAAUAUUUAGUUUUAGAGAAAUUGAAAAAAGAAGACGCACAAAGAAUCCACGUGUUCAGUUCCUUCUUCUACAAGAGGCUGAACCAGCGAGAGCGGAGGAACGUCCCCGACACCACCAACCUGCCAAUCCAGAAACGGAAGCACAACAGGGUGAAGACGUGGACCCGGCACGUGGAUCUCUUCCAGAAGGACUUCAUCUUUGUUCCCAUCAACGAGUCAGCUCACUGGUACCUGGCUGUGAUCUGCUUCCCGGGGCUCAAGGGUCCGGUGUACGAGCAGAACCCGCUGGGCCCGUUCCCGGCCUCCGCCUCCUCUGAAGAACCCCCGUCAGAGGAGAUCAUCCCCGACCACUGUCGCCCUCUGUCCCCGGACAGAGACGGGCUGGACAGCUCCUCGGAGGACCCGUCCUCCAGCGUCCCCGAGGCGUCCGCAGAAGGUCAGACUGACGGCGAGCCCGCCAAGGAGACCGCAGCGCUCACAGCGAGGGGACUGGAGGCUUCCAGCGCCCCCGCAGCGGUGGGCAACGGCCAGGCUGACGGACAACAGUAUACAAGCGAGUUGCACAGAAUCAGUGUUUGUUACGGUUCCAAAAGAGACGAGGACGCCUUCGAGUUCUCCGACGACCAGAGCUCCACCCAGGACGAGUGCAGCGAGGACGGGACCGAAGACGCUCCCGGCUCCGAUCCGUCCGCUCUGGCCUCCAAACAGAACCUCUGCAGACAACCCUGCAUCCUCAUCAUGGACUCCCUGAGAGGUCCGGCCCGGUCCACGGUGGUGAAGACUCUGAGAGAGUACCUGGAGGUGGAGUGGGAGGUGCGUAAAGCGACUCAGCGGAGCUUCGGGAAGGAUGUGAUGAAGGGUUCGAGCCCUCGUGUUCCUCAGCAGGACAACUACAGCGACUGUGGCGUUUACGUCCUGCAGUACGUGGAGAGCUUCUUCGAGAAUCCCAUUCCCAGCUUCCACCUGCCCGUCAACCUGUCCGACUGGUUUCCGCAGCAACGGAUGAAGACGAAGCGCGAGGAGAUCAAGGAGCUGAUCCUGAAGAUCCAGGAGCAGCAAGAACCGGACAGGAAGGAGCCCGACCGGGUCGAGGCUCCGCCCUCUUCUCCCGAGGAGCCCGAGAUCGAAGAGACUUCUGGGUCGACGGGCCGGCCGCCACACUUACCCAUCAGCCCCUGAACCGACCCCACCCUCCUCCUCCUCCUCUCCCCGUCACUCGGGCCCAGCGGGGGGGCCCGGACCUGAUUGUACGCUGCUGGUUUCACUUCAACAUGUGGGAGAAGCGAGCCUGGACUCCCUCCUCCUCUAACUUUGGAUGGAAUAAAGUGAAGUGUACAGACGCUGGAGUUUCCCGCUGCCUUUGUUACUGACAGGAAGCGGCUCAUUAAGUUAUGGUUCGUAGAUGUUCUCCACCAGGACACGGUGGCGCUCUUGCAUCCUUAUUUUUUAUGCUUUCUAGUUGUGUAGAAGACAAACUCUCAGAGAAGAAGAAGAAGCAUAGAGGAAGUUGCUGUUGUUUGUAAGUGAAUAAUAAUAAAGCUUCCAGCUCACAUAGUCACAGUUCAGUGCUUGUUGAUCUGCAGCAUUAAAGCCACAGUGGAUACAGGA